UUAGCGGUGGGAGAGUGAUGGGCGUCGGCAGUGGCUAAUGAGAGGCCGUGCCCUGGGGGGGCCUGCAGUGUGAUUGGUGAAGGCUGAAGCUGUGUGUGUGAGGCGGUGGGUCUGGGGGCUGCGCUGCCCCAGGGGGAAGGGGGGCGUCCUUCGGACCCGAGUUUGUGGGGUUGUGCCCGCCGGGGGUGCGGCACCGAGCCCCGGCCCGCCCUCACGCCCCGCUCCGAGGCAGGGAGCGGGCCGGGGGCGUCGCCGGCGCCCCUCGAGCCUUCCCCUCUCCCUGUGUUCCAGGCGGGGGCCAUGGCGGGGGCCGGCGGGCCCGUGCGGCUGCUGGAACUCUGCGGGCAGCGGCUGUCCCGCUUCCUCCGCGAUGCCGAGCACAAGCGCUUGGUCUGGCUGCAGGAGGUGGAGGAGCAGGGCGUGAGGAUGCUGGAUAGCAACUUCGGGGCUGAGCCUGAAUUAAUGCCCAAAACGCCAUCACAGAGAAGACGUCCCAAGAAAAGGCAGUCCUCCUGCCUGAAUGAUGAAAAUAAGGAGCCAAACAGGAGGAGGUUGUCCAGAAGAAGAAGCAGCAGCAAGCCAGUGUCUUCCAAGCCAAGUUCCCAGAGGCGCCACAGCAAAGAACAAUCCCAGAACCCCUGUCCUCAGGGGGAAGAGGUGUCCGUGGCCAACUGUGCAGUGAGGUCUCAGGCCAGUGUUAAAACCGAGCUCCCAGCACUGACUGGGAAACGGCCGGCAGAAGCACAAGCUCCUGUGAUGCAGAAGGAUUGCCAGGGCUGCCCUUGGGGUGCGGGUAGUGGCGAUACCGUCGGUGAGGCUGUUAUGGAGGACCAGUUGCCCAGGGGGGAUGCAGCCACUGAGCUGCACGAUGUGUCUUCUGUCGCUGCGAGCCCUGGCGACCAGACAGCAAGGGACGGGGAGGAGGCCCCCAAAGGAAGAGCAAGUACCUCCACUCCCAAGACUGCUAGAAAUGCAGAUCCUGCCGUGCUCCAAGGACACCGGUUUCCUCAAGGCUUCAAAAAAGUCUUUUUCCAGGACUCUGACAGUAAAAUAACUACUGUAAAAUCCAAAACACGCCGUUGCUCUGGCCGCCGAAGCUUUGUGGGUGGUCCCCACAGGAGUUCUAGGGCCUCCUUGGCAGAAAAAUAUUCACUAGCAGGCAAAAGAGAGAGCAUGAUCCGGAGGUCUAUCAGCAGGGCCAUUUCAAAGAAGGCAGCGGCACGAGAAUCAUCCUCUGCCUCCAGCAGAGUGAGCUGUCAAAGCGCCUUGGAGGUUUUUGUGGAAGAUGUGACCAGCAGUGUGAGACCUGGGCUGGAACAGAAUCCCUCGAGUGAAAAGACUCCUGAAGACGUCCUCAUUUCAAGCAAAAGUACACAAGCUGCCAGCCCUCCUGCACAGCACUUAUCUACUCCUGAGCAGCAGGCAGGGAACAAGGAAGGAAUCUGUGUAAAUCCAAACAGUGAACCCCAGAACGUGAACCAAGAACAGCACCACUGUGCCAAGUCCCAGGAGAAUCCCUCAUGCAGCUGGACAAGAAGCUAUAAACAGGCAGUGGGUGUUACACAGAAUGGGCAACGGCCAGCGGGUCAUGCUCUUUCCCCUUUGGAUGACAAGUACAAGAAUUCAGCAAACCAGACUCCACCUUCUUCCUCUCCAGCUAGGAAGGUUGUCAGACCACUGAAAAACUUCCUGCAAGCUGUGCAGCGAAACCAGCUGCUCGCGAGCCCGGGGCCCACAGGACGUGGGGGUGUCAUAAAGAACUUCAUCAAACGCAACACUUCCACCCGGCCUGAUCUUAAGGGAGACUUUGUUGAGAAGGAACGGCAGAGACUGGAAAGCCUCAGGAAGAAGCAAGAGGCUGAGGAACAGAGGAAAAAGAAAGUGGAGGAGGAAAAGAGACGGCGGCAGGCAGAAAUGAAGCAGAAGAGGGAAGAGCGUUUGAGGAAGGCACUGCAGGCUCGGGAGCGGGUGGAACAAAUGGAAGAAGAGAAGAAAAAGCGGAUGGAGCAGAGGAUUUUACAGAAUGACGAGAAGGUGCGCACCUCUCAAGCGCGGGAAGAGAAAGCAGCAGAGGAAUGGAGCAAGAGAAAACUGUCGAAGAAGCAUGGGGAAGCUGAUGCACGGAAGCAGAAAGCGCUGAGGGUGGAGAAAGAUGAAUUUGAGCAGCAAGAACCACUGCAGAGGAGAGAGGAUGAAGUGAAAGAAAAAAGAAUGAAAGUCUUGGAACUGAAAAAUCUUGUAGAGCAGCAACAGGUGGAAGAGGUGAAGGAGAGGGAUCACAAACAGCGAGGGAAAGAGAAGGCCCCCAAACCACAGCUGGAGUCAGCACUGCUUACUGAAAAAAACAUAAAGAAGGAAGAUGGUCUGCAGGAGCCCCAGAAGUGGCUGGGAGUGGAGAAAAAAAUCAAGGAAGUAGAAGCAUGGACCGCUGCCUCUGGCACAUGGCUGAGCAGAGCUGUAAAGAAAUCUAUCCCCACACCCUACCUGCGGCUCCCGAAGGGCACAAAGCAAUCCAGAUCCCCAGAGGUAGACAAAAAUAACUACGGGAUGGAUCUGAACAGCGAUGACUCCACAGAUGAUGAGAAUGACCCUCGGAAGCCUGUCCCUGCCUGGGCUGAUGGAGCUCAGCUUAAUGAAGCCAUUUUACACCAAUACUAUCACCCAGUAAAUGUUGACCAAGUCUUUGGGCUAAUUCCAAGCCCUAAGCUGGAGGAUAUUUUUGGCAAGAGCAAACCUCGAUAUUUCAAGCGCACAAGCUCUGCAGUUUGGCAUUCCCCCCCUGGGACCAAAUCUACCUGUGGCCCAUCUUGCAGCUUCAAAAACUGAGAAAGUGCGAAGAAAUGUGUUUUACAGCAAUGUGGUGAAUCAGUUUCUGUUUUCUUAGCAUGCAGUGUAUUUACAAUUUUAAGCUUGCUUUUUUUCUACAAAAACGAAAAUAUUUAAUAAAAUCCUGUUGCAAUAAACACUCUAUCAGUGUUUGUCUCUGCUUCCCCCACCGUGGUGGGAUGGUGCUUCUGGAUGGCUGAUUUGAGAUCGAUGGCUGUGGUUUCUGCAAGUGAAAAUGCAGAUGUUUGAAGACAUGAUAUUGCACCAUUACAUACUCCCUCAGACUGCUUGCAGAAUCUUGCCCAAGAAAG